AUCAGAUCGAUGCUUGACUGCUGUUUGACAAAUACACAUUUUAUAAUUAUAAUAAUCUCAUCAUGUAGACUAGCCUAAUCGCACAGCCUACCCGCACUGUUGUUGCCUAGAGCGCACGUGCCAAAACCAGAGAAGGCUAUUGCUAUUUAACGCAACAGUUUUGGAAAAUGCGAUUGACAUUUUAUUUGGUACAAUGAAAAAUUAAGCCAAACAAAUAUUUUUGUGUGCACUAUGUCAUCACGCACUGAUUUGUAUCUGGUACGAGUCCGUUUGGUGACAACACUAGUUAAAUUGCGCAUAUUUAACACUGGUUAAAUUGCGCAUAUUUUCUACAUGUGGAUUUUAGAAUAUUUUCAUGAAAAUCUGCCGCCAAUUGGAUGGAAACCUAGCUACUCAUGGUGGGUGGAUCAUGGAUAGGUUUCAUUCAGUGGUUGUGAAGUAGGCUUUGCUACAGAUGAGGCUAUGAGAGCAUCAUCAAACAUUGCUUGAAGCCUCCAGUAAAAGCUGGUCUGCCCUUCAACGAUUCAACUGCAGAACAUAUUUUUUUUGCACUCAAACAAAACGCAUGCGCAUGGAGCAAACGAAUUGCAACACAGUGCAGACGGUUGUGAUUGAGGCAAGAAUCACCUGUAUUCUGGCAUUCAUGGUGACACACCCAUGGGGUCAGAGCGGCUGGAGAUGCGCAAGAGACAGAUGCAAAUGCACCAGGAAGCCGCGGCCAGUGUCCUCCAAUCACAGCACAGGAUGGGGAACAUGCCCACCAACGCCUCCAAUGCCUGUUGUUUCUGCUGGUGUUGCUGCUGCAGCUGCUCCUGUCUGACUGUUAUGACAGAGGAUGAGAGGAUUCAAAGAAGCACCUAUGAGAGGAGGGCAGAGGGAAUCGCAAACUGUGAUGACAGCCCCAAGCCUACUCUGGAGGAUGCGACAAUAUGGACCAUGUCGUUUGAGAGGCUGAUGAAGAGCCCCGCAGGGCGGGGCUGCUUCCGACAGUUCCUAAGGACAGAGUUUAGUGAAGAGAACAUGAUGUUCUGGUUGGCCUGCGAAGAGCUCAAAAAGGAGACCAACAAAACUGUGGUGGAGGAGAAAGUACGACAGAUCUAUGAGGACUUCAUUUCUAUCCUCUCCCCUAAAGAGGUGAGUUUGGACUCACGUGUUCGAGACGUGAUCAACAAGAACAUGCUGGAGCCCACGUCCCACACGUUUGAGGACGCCCAGCAGCAGAUCUACACUCUGAUGCAGAGAGACUCAUACCCACGCUACAUGAACUCGACAGCGUAUGCCGAAUUACUGCAGGGCCUGGAAGAACCACCACCUGCCACAGAGCCAUAGACUUCCAUUCUCCGUCAAUCACUCUACACAUUGCUCUUAGAUGACACUUGUGUAUCUUAGGUCCAGCUUUCAGUUUCAGUUCACAUGUUGAUUGAUCAAUAGGCUCUAUUUACAAAAAUUUCGAUAUUAAGGUGUAACUACUGUGUGCUACCUUAAAUAUUGGCUUUCCAAAAUCCUCAAAGCGAGCAAGAACAUACGCUGUAUUCCAAUUCAGAUUUCAAGAUGUUUCCAAAUAUAUUUAUAUUUUUAUAUUGCCUAGCACUUCACAUUGCACUUUUCUAUAGUUUUAUGAGGGGAAAGCAUGUUGUAUCUGUUAGCACUGCAUUUGUGUAUAGUUCUAUUGUCAGACUUAAAUCAUUUUCAGUUAUUUUUAAUGAAAUCUAAUUUCACUUAAUAUUAAGACAUGGGAAAGUGCCUUGGCAUUAGAUCGUUUACCACUACACCUUCAACAUACAGUACCAGUCAAUAGUUUGGGAACACCUACUCAUUCCAUGGUUUUUCUUUAU